AUGGAAAUGAAACAUUUCAGCCACGAUCAUGCCCUGACUCUUUACCAUAUGGCUGAAGGAUCUGAAGAAACUCUGUGCUCAGGAUGCAAGCUGCCCGGCCUAACCACGGCUUACAUGUGUUGGCAAUGCCAAUACUUUCUCCAUGAACAAUGUUUCGAAGCAAAACGAUCCAUCAUUCAUCCUUCUCACCCAUCUCAUCCUCUUACUCUCCUCCCAUGCUCCACUUACCCAUCUUCUUCCUUCCUCUGCAGCUCCUGCCAUCACUCCGGCACCGGAUUCUCUUAUGCCUGUUCCCAUUGCGACUUCGAUAUCCAUCUCCACUGCGCCUACACCACUUCCCAGUCCCAACCCUAUUCUAAUUAUCAACCAACAUCCCAAACCUCCCAGUUUACUUACCCGUCGGCGCCGGAGGUUUCAGAAGCCUACCCGCCACCACCUUUUCAAGUUCAACCAUACCAUGCUCAUGCUCAUGCUCAUGCUGAGAAUGCGCCGAUUAUGGAUGCAUACCCAUCACUUCCACAGCCGCCCUAUGUUCCACCUUAUGCUUUUAACGACCAUGUCAUGCCAAAUCCUCGUGAAGCUCCGGAGGUGAAUCCAAAUCCUAUGACAAUUUCAUCUCCGAUUAAAGACCAGCCCAAUUCGAACACAACCCAUGUGGCUAAACACUUCAGCCAUCAGCACGCGUUGCGCAAGAGCAACAUCGAGGAAGGAGAAGAAGGUGUCCUCUGUUCUGGAUGCGAGCAUUCCAUCUCUGAAAGCCCGGCAUACACCUGCACUAAAUCCAAAUUCUGCAAAUUCCGUCUCCACAAAUCGUGCUUCGAUCUCCCCAAAGAGAUCAAACACAGAUCUCACAUGGCUCAUCCCCUCACUCUCCUAUUCGCACCGCCUUAUAAGAGCUACAAUCCGGAAUUCACUUGUAACGCUUGCUUCAAAACCGGGAAUUCAUUUCUUUACCAUUGUUCUUUGUGCAGCUUCGAUCUCCACGUAAACUGUGCUUUCUUAAAGGAUUCCGUGAAACAGGACGACCAUGAACACCCUCUGUCUCUUCUCUUUUCUUCGCCAUACGAGAAAUCCAAGGACGGGGAUGAUGAUGUUAUUUUCAUGUGUGACGUUUGUAAGAAAUUGGUGGAUUCUAAUUGCUGGGUUUAUUACUGUAAAGAGUGCGACUUUGGGAUUAAUGUUGGUUGUAUAAAUGCUGAGAUAGAGAGAGGAGAUGAAGAUGAGGAUUACCAGCCUAAUUCGAACACAACCCAUGUGGCUAAACAUUUCAGUCAUCAGCACGCGUUGCGCCAGAGCAACAUCAAUGAAGAAGAAGAAGGCGUCCUCUGUUCUGGAUGCCAGCAUGCCAUCUCUGAAAGCCCUGCAUACAAAUGCACCAAAUCCAAAUUCUGCAAAUUUCGUCUCCACAAAUCAUGUUUCGAUCUCCCCAAAGAGAUCAAACAUAGAUCUCACAUGGCUCAUCCCCUCACGCUCUUAUCGGUACCACCUUACAAGAGCUACUAUCCGGAAUUCACUUGUAACGCUUGCUUCAAAACUGGGUAUUCAUUUCUUUACCAUUGUUCUACGUGCAACUUCGAUCUUCAUGUAAACUGCGCUUUCUUAAGGGAUUCCGUGAAACGGGAUGACCAUGAACACCCUUUGUCUCUUCUCUUUUCGUCGCCCUAUGAGAAAUCCAAGGACGGGGAGGAUGAAGUUAUUUUCAUGUGUGAUGUUGGUAAAGAGUUAGUGGAUUCUAAUUGCUGGGUUUAUUACUGUAAAGAGUGCGACUUUGGGACUGAUGUUGGUUGUAUAAAUGAUGAGAUAGAAAGAGGAGAUGAUGAUGAGGAUUACCAGCCUAAUUCUAACACAACCCAUGUGGCUAAACACUUCAGUCAUCAGCACGCAUUGCGCCAGAGCAACAUCGAUGAAGAAGAAGGUGUCUUCUGUUCUGGAUGUGAGCAUGCCAUCUCUGAAAGCCCUGCAUACAUUUGCACCAAAUCCCAAUUCUGCAAAUUCCGUCUCCACAAAGCGUGUUUCGAUCUCCCCAAAGAGAUCAAACACGGAUCUCACAUGGCUCAUCCUCUCACGCUCCUAUCUGCACCGCCAUAUAAGAGCUACAAUCCGGAAUUCACUUGUAACGCUUGCUUCAAAACCGGGAAUUCCUUUCUUUAUCAUUGUACUUCGUGCAACUUCGAUCUCCACGUAAACUGCGCUUUCUUAAGUGAUUCCGUGAAACGUGACGAUCAUGAACACCCUCUGUCUCUUCACUUUUCCUCGCCCUAUGAGAAAUCCAAGGACGGAGAGGAUGAAGUUAUUUUCAUGUGUGACGUUUGUAAGGAAUCAGUGGAUUCUAACUGCUGGGUUUAUUACUGUAAAGAGUGCGACUUUGGGACUGAUGUUGGUUGUAUAAAUGAUGAGAUAAAGGAGGAGGAGGAAUUGGAAGGGGGAGAAGAUGAUCAUAAUAAUGAUGGACUUACGCCAGCAGAAAGGUUGUUGAAGAUGCAAAAUGAGCUUCAAAUAAUGCAAUUUCAGAUGCAGAUGAACCGGAGGUUGAACCAGAGCAUUAUCGGAAUGGGGCAGAGUCUCUGUAAUUUGUAAUUUGACUCGUUAAUGGUCGGGUCUGGAGUUUGGAGUGGAGUGGAGAAGGUUGAAUCACAUUUUUAUGACAACAUUCAAAAAAUACUGAAAUAAAUUGUUUUCAAAAAAAUUUAUAAUUUGUUUUUUCAAACUCAGAUCAAGCUCUUGAUCGAAAUCUUUUCCUUUCCUUGUU